UUUCAGAGCAGAUAAGCUCUCUGAUGUGAUGUGAUGUGAUGUGUGUGUUCUGACGGGGGAUGAUCACAGUUAAUCAAGAGAACGACAGAUCUCCAGUCAGUCCAAGAUGAAGCUCUACACAGCAGCACUGCUUUUUUCGGCUCUUCUGAACACAGUAUGGGCUCAGAACCCAGCUGUGUCCGUUCAGCCUCGAACGGCCGCCGUUAAACCGGGCGAGACGGUGAACUUCCACUGCAAAGUGUUGAGCGGCUCACAGCCCGUCCAACUGGAGUGGAAGAAGACCAACAACCAGCCAAUGGGAGAUAAUGUUAAGAUUGACGGUGCCGUGCUGACUGUCACUAAUGUCCGUCUCAAAAAUCAGGGGAGCUACCGCUGCGUCGCAGCCAAUGCACAAGGAAAAGCCACCGUCACCGCGUUUCUGUCUGUCAAGCAGCCUCCGAAGGUGCGCAUCACACCAUCAGGACCACUGAUGCUAUCAGCCGGUGAGAGUGUGUCUCUAGAAUGCACCGUCUCAGGGAAGCCACGCCCCUCGGUCAGCUGGUACAAACAGGAAACAGGAAGUGAGAUGGUGCUCGUGUCCACGACAACAGAGAACAGAUCUGUGCUGCAGGUGACAGUGAUGAAAGCGGAAGACGGCGGAACAUUCGUGUGUCAGGCUCAAAACAGAGAAGGGUCUGCCGAGGGGAAGGUGGAGCUUACGAUGGUGGGCGGAGUCUCAGCCGGGACCCUGCCGAAGGCUUCAGUAAGCGACACUGACCUCACAGGCGUGGAGGGCCGAACCGUGACCAUGCACUGCCAUGCGACCGGGUCACCCACUCCAGUCGUCUCCUGGUCUAAACUGCGGGCGCCGUUACCAUGGCAGCACACAGUGACUGGAGGAAGUCUUACUCUCAAUAAUUUGGGGCGGCAGGACUCGGGUCAGUACAUCUGUAACGCUACAAACGCAGCGGGCUACAGCGAAGCGUAUGUGCAGCUGGAGGUGGAUUCGCCACCCUACGCCACCAUACUGAGGGAUGACGUAGUCGCUCGCGCAGGUGACGCUAUACGUCUGCAGUGUAUCGCCCAUGGCAGUCAUCCAAUCCGCUUCCGCUGGACGCGUGUGGGUGGGUCAGCCAUGUCUCCGGGGGCGGAGACCACCAAAGAAGGCUCGUUGAAGAUCGGUCAGCUGAAAGUAUCAGACAGCGGAACAUAUAAAUGUAUUGCGUCCAACCAUGUGGGUUCAAGCGAAGCUCUAACAAAAGUCACUGUUAAAGCUUAACUACAGACUUGCAGAUGCUCAACAGUCUCACGGCAAUGAGAAAAGUCUCCUUAUAAACCUGUACCAGACAAAGACACUAAAGACGUGAGAUCUGCUAUGAGGUUCACAAACUGAUGAUGUUCUGCUCAGAACAUCAAGAAAACACUUCUGUGUUUUCUGUUUCUAUUAUGUUGUUUUUAAUAUCGUGGAAAUGUUAGAUGAAGCGAAAAGGGUGGAUGAUGCGUUUUUAAAAAAGCCUCUCUGUUAAAUAAACACCAUAAAGCUCUCA